AGGGUGUAUAGCAGCUAAGGUCGUCAACGCCAAACGGCGAAGGUGAAGAGAAUGAUGAUGAAACCGCGGUUUCUUCGCAGAGAAUAAAGAUCCUGAUACACGCGGCGCGACCUCGCGGCACUGAUACUGAAGAAGAUCAUUAGAUAUGAUGCGCUUCGACGACUUUUUUGUCGUUGCGCUGCUCUUCCAUAGUCGGUCUUUUACUUUUUGCCCGCCGUGCCAUGCAUUCGAUCCUCUACUCGACGGGAAAAUCAAAACUGCCGCCACACCAAGUCAAAAGGCACCGACACCCGCAACCGCGAUAGGAGCCGGGACCGAUGCUGCUGGGACUUCUGUCCCAGCAGCUGCAUCUUCCGGCAGAAUAGACAGGGACGAAGGCCGCGAGAGGGACGAUCCAUAUCCGGAUGAUGGAAAACCGACCCCGCACCGCAAGCGACGCAUCAACAGGACGGCAGUGGCCCAACAAGGCGCUACUUCUACUGGGGUAACAUCAACCGCGGUUGCCUCCGAUGGUACGAUGGAGAGAAGUACUGGUACUGGUACUGGUGCUGUUGACAUCAAUGCGACAUCGUCAGCUUCUGGUACUAUCGCGCCGAACUCUGGUAUAGUGUCCGAAAGCAAGCGAAAGGUUUUGUCCUCGCAAGACCCCGACCUGACACGCAAGGUGAUUGAGGGGAUUGGCCCGGAGAACUCGUUGUACCACGUUCAGCCGAUCUAUUACGAAAGGGACGACCACCUGGACGGCUGGACGUUCCCGGACUUUGCCACCAUUCAUCGCAAGCUGUACGGCGUAAGCCACAAGGAGAAACACGUCGUGGUGGAGUACUCGAACCCGUACAACAUGUCUCCGACCUUUGGGAAGUUUCCGCACAGCAACCUGCAGCCGGAUUUCUUCAUCAGCAAGAUCCUGGACCGGCUGCACCCCAGGGAGCCCAAAUUCAUUGUUGAGGUGAAUGUGAAACAAAAAAUAAUUUAUCCUGUUGUUCCCAUGUCAAUGAAUCUUAAUCUAUGCGUGAAAUCCGCAUCUACAAGCAAAAAAAUCGAACUGUUCUACUUCCUCUCUUGCGGAUAUUUUACACAAAACCUCGCUUCUCCUGCUCAGGUUGGUUCUUUCCAGGGCCACAGUGCUGUUUUGAUGGGGUCGAUCUUGGAUGCGAUCGGGCUCGCGGAGGUGCCCAUUCUGUGUAUCGACCCGUGGACGGGAGACCUAAAUACGUGGGCCAUAUCAAAUGCAAAAAUGUCUGGGUCUGGAAGAGUGCGCGACUUGUCAUGCUCCUUUUCCAUGACCCAUGAGGACUGGAAUGCAGGAUCUAGCAUGACAGAUUCUGCGAGACCUUUCUCAUGCCUAUCCUGCAUGAGAAACUCCCUCUCGACUUGGUCAAAACUGGACGACUUUUGGUAAUCAUGCAACACAGAUUUUUACAUGCUGCAGAUUUAGCAUGACAAGUUGCAAUCUUCCAGACCCAGACACUUUUACAUUUGAUAGGCCAACAAGGACCACGAUGUGGAGGUGCAGCACUGGAUGUCUCCCGUCCGGGACGGGCGGUUUCUAUGCACUGCAAAAGUAUCGUACUCGUAUGAAUGCAUUACAAAUUUCCUCAGCAUGAGAAAUGAAAUUUGUAAUGCGGAUUGAUCUUAAGAAAAGGAUUAGUAAUGCAAGACUUGCAUUAUUUUUAUACGAAUGCGAUACUUUUGCACAGGAUAGUUUCUCCUGUUCGACCAUUUUAUGACGAACGUGCAGUUCAAGAUCUCCCGCCACCUCUCCCCGCUGCACAUCCUGCCCUUCCACGCCACGAGCAUGGUCGGCGGGCGGUUCCUGAAGGCGAUGAAGUGGCACCCGGACGUGAUCUUCCUCGACAGCAGUCACGAGGCGCACGAGACCUUACUCGAGCUAAAAUUGUACUACGAGGUGCUGGCGCCGGGCGGCAUUUUGUUCGGGGACGAUUUCAGUUGGCCGGGGGUGAAGAACGACGUGCUCACCUUCGUCGCGGAGAUGGGCUGGGGGCGCGAUCCGGAGCGCAUAUUCGACUUCGAAAUUCUGCCCGCAACCACCUCCUCCGGCGGCUCGGUUUAUCCUGUGCAAAAGUAUCGUACUCGUAGUAAUUGCAGGCAUGCAUUACAAAUGCAAAUCUCGUUCCCAAGGCAAAUCAGCAUGACAAAUUGCAUUUGUCAUGCUGAGGGAAUUUGUCAUGCAAUUUAUACUAGUACGAUACUUUUGCAGUUCAUACAGUUCUGCUCUGGUUGAUACACAAAGCCAAAUACGUGUAGGUCGUGUAGUUGUGGUCUGCGUUCGACGCGCUGUUCUUCAUCUCCUUUGCUCGCCUUUUUUGCAGCGAGAUUGCCUGUUCCAUCAGAUCGGUGACGGGCGGAGUCCCGUUUCUUUCUAGGUCAUCGAAGUCUCCGCAUGCCGUUGCAGUAGCCUUGUCCACUUAUCGCUUCGGCGGGGCUUUCUAGUCGCGAACUAAACUCUUUGAUUUGAUAGAAUUAGCACAAAUCGAGCUACAUUGCUUCUCGAAUGAUGGUAGACCAC